AUGGCAGCACCGGUGGGACGUGGGAACAUAGUCUCCCUCUCAUCUUGCUCCUCACAUGGCUGGACUACCCUCCUCUGGCUGCUGUUGACCCUCACAGGCCAAGUGAGGGGCUUCAACCUGGAUACUACCCACACUCUGCACAAGUUGGGAGACCACGGCACCUUCUUUGGUUUCUCCCUAGCCCUCCACCAGCAGCUUACCCCUAAGCCUCAGAGCUGGAUCCUGGUGGGGGCGCCGCAGGCAGCAGGGCUAGGUCAAUUGCGGGGCAGUCGACCAGGAGCCUUGUUCAGGUGUCCGAUCACACCAGAGGAGUAUGACUGUGAGAGGGUGGAUAUUGACGGAGAAGUGAGUCUGGACCGAGAGAGCAAAGACAACCAGUGGCUGGGAGUGACUGUGAAAAGUCAGGGGAUUGGAGGGAAGGUGGUGACCUGCGCUCACCUGUACGAGCUCAGGCAACGUGUAAAUCAACCCUCGGAGACUCGUGACCCCAUUGGACGCUGCUACGUCCUGAGUGAGGACCUGACGGAGCGAGACGACCUGGACGGAGGCGAGUGGAAGUUCUGCGAGGGGCGACCGCAGGGACACGAGCAGUUUGGUUUCUGUCAGCAGGGCCUGUCUGUCAGCUUCACCCCAGACAACAACUUCAUUCUGUUUGGUGCUCCGGGAACAUACAACUGGAAAGGUGAGAUGCGCGUCCAGCUCGUAAACCAGACUCUGCUUGACCUCGGUUUCUAUGACGACGGACCCUACGAGGUGGCAGAUCAGAAAGAACUUAAUGCUCAGCUCAUCCCUCUGCCUUACCACAGUUACCUGGGGCUCUUGUUCAUGGCUAGCCCUGUUGAAGAUGCACUGCUGUACAAAACUCUGGAGCCCUCCAGCCGGCCCACGCCAUUUGAGGACGUAGCUCAUAAUAGCUACUUAGGGUUUUCUGUGGACUCAGCCUUUGGGAUAACGAGUCUCGGAGAACUGACUUUUGUGGCAGGCGCACCCCGGGCCAAUCACACAGGGGCGGUGGUGCUGCUCAGGAAGGAUAACGUGUACCGGCUGGUGCCACAGCACAUUUUCUGGGGGGAGGAGCUGGCCUCCUCGUUUGGGUACUCGGUAGCUACGGCGGAUCUGAACAGGGACGGCUGGACAGACCUCAUCGUCGGUGCUCCCAAUUUUUUCGACCGUAAGGCCGAGAUCGGUGGAGCCGUUUACGUUUACUUGAAUCCCUUCGGCCACUGGGACGAUCACGCUCGGCCGAUCCGUCUCAACGGGACGUAUGACUCCAUGUUCGGGAUUACGGUCAGCAACAUCGGAGAUCUGGACCAGGAUGGAUAUGGAGAUAUUGCUGUCGGAGCGCCAUAUGAUGGUGACGGCAAAGUUUUCAUCUACAGAGGAUCAGAUUCUGGAAUUGAGACGAAACCUGCUCAGGUGCUGGACGGGCGGGACUUUGACGUGAGACGUUUUGGAUACUCCAUCUCAGGUGGUCUGGACAUUGACAAUAAUCAAUAUCCAGACAUGGCAGUGGGCUCUCUUAAUGAUUCAGUGGUUCUCUUCAGGUCUCGUCCAGUCAUUCAUGUAAUCAGAGAUAUAUCUAUUGAUCCGCAAUACAUUGAUCUGGAGCAGUACAGCUGCAAGGGCAGACAAGGACACUGUGUGGAGGUCAAGGCCUGCCUCACCUUCACAGCCCACCCGGAGCACUACUCACCACACAUCACCCUGGUGGUGCACUUCGAAGCCGACACCGAGCGCAGGAAGCUGGGCCUCCCGCACCGUGUUAAUUUCCUGGGCCGCAGUUCACUCGAGCCCGAGUACACGCAGACGGAGGAGGUGGAGCUGCAUCUCCAGCGUUACCCAGUGUGCACCACUGCUGUCUUCCAACUCCACGAGAGUAUCCAGGACAAACUGCGUCCCAUCUCGUUGGCAAUAACCCAUACAAUCAAGCCUGUGCCGCCACGCAGACACUCGGGUGCAAAGAAGCUGGAGAAGCUGGCGCCUGUGCUGAGUGUGUCCCCGUCCAACACGCUGCACUCUGAGGUGAACUUCCUGCGAGAAGGAUGUGGCAGUGACAAAAUCUGCCAGAGCAACCUGAAGCUGAGCUACCAGUUUGGAACACGACCCCUGACCUCCGACCUCUUCACGCCUCUGCCAAAAGAUGAGGACGAUGUCCAGGUGUUCUCCCUGUCAGACCAGCGGCUGGUGGUGCUGGAGGUCACCGUCACCAACCUACCCUCUGACCCCCUUCACCCCGAUGAGGACGGAGACGACGCCCACGCUGCUCAGCUGAUUAUCUCCCUGCCAAACACUCUGUCGUACGCCGGCUCCAGGGUCCCACCUCAGAUGAGAUGUCAAGCGAACCAGAAUGGCUCCCAAGUGGAAUGUGAGCUGGGAAACCCUGUGAAACGAGACACUAAGCUGAAAUUCUCCAUCAACCUGAGCACAUCCAACAUCACCAUUGAGACGACUGAGCUGACAGCAGAUCUCCUACUGACAACCAUCAGCGAGCAGCCUGACCUGGUCCCAGCCACUGCAUUAGCUAAAGUUGUGAUAGAGCUCCCCCUUUCUGUCAGUGGGCUCGCUCGUCCUCACCAGCUGUUCUUCAGCGGCACGGUGAGGGGAGAGAGUGCCAUGACCAGCCUGGAGGACAUCGGCAGCCCUGUGGAUUUCGAGUUUGUGGUGGCAAAUACCGGACAAGCCCUGCAGACGCUGGGCUCAGCCUUCCUGAAUAUCAUGUGGCCCUAUGAACUGGCCAAUGGGAAGUGGCUCCUGUAUCCCGCGAGCCUGAAGUUUGAGGGUCACCCAGACACACACUGCGUCCCCUCAGCAGCUCUGAAUCCUCUGAAGCUACAGAGGUCCUCAGCUGCAGAGCUUCCACAGUCAGUCAAUCAGGCUGGGCGAGCGCGCCGCUCCCAUCCGGAGGACGAAGGUCAAGUGAUGACGAAGGGCAGCGUGGGACGAACCACCCCAGCUGUGGCAGCUUCAGAGAGACGCAAGUCGCUCAAACUGGACUGUCUCCUGGGAUCAGCACGCUGUGUCCUGAUCCAGUGUCCCCUCCACAGCUUCUCUGGUCAGGCUGUCCUCAAGAUCCACGCCCGGCUGUGGAAUAGCAGUUUCAUAGAGGAGUUCCCAGCAGUCAGUGCUCUGGAGCUGCUGGUCAGAGUCAACAUCACAGUCAAGUCCAGCAUCAAGCACCUGGUCCUCAAGGAUGCUGCUGCUCAGGUUCCAGUGAUGAUCUACCCUGAACCUGGUCUGGUCGAUCAGUACUCGAUCCCCUGGUGGAUCAUCCUCAUAGCCGUGCUGGCAGGCAUCCUGCUGCUUACUCUACUGGUCUGCCUCCUGUGGAAGUGUGGCUUCUUCCGCCGGGCCCACUACAAAGAAAAACUGCCUCAGUACCACGCAGUGAAGAUUCCUCGCGAGGACAGGCCACAGUUCCAGACUGAGAAGUCGGGAGUCGUCCAUAAAAAGGAAUGGUCAACGCACUGGAGCGACGGGACCUCGUAACUCUGUUAGAAGCCCCCCGACGGACUGAAUUCAUGAAGAAAAAUCACCACAUGAGGCACUCAUCCUGUCUUUGCAUUGGAACUAACGGACUAAAAAAAUAAAAAGUGCACAUAGACUGAGAUCGUGAAAUCCUAUGCACACUGUACUGCGUCAGUACGUACAUCAUGGUGGCCUGUUACACUGGAUAUAUAUUCUCCCAUACUCUACCCCAAUGAUGGCUGGCCUUGGAUAGUCUAUU